AACCACUUAUCUGUGGAAUCGGUAAACUUAUGGAUGGUUUGUUUAGGGUCUUAAAAAGGUUAUUCCAUCACUAUUUUGCUAGCACAUAGAGAUUUGCGUUGGGUUGUAUAUAUACAAUUGCCCGAUGGAAACUACAGGAAGUAUGCCUGAAGAUCAACCAUUUUUAGGAGAUGAGGAGUCUCCUGAUAUGGCCCGCGGUAAUGUUCCGUUAGAAGUUCUAUCUAUACAAGAAACAUCAGAAACUCUCUUAAUGGAGCUUACAUAUGAGAUGGGUGAUAAUUCAGUGAUGCAGCCCUCUCCAGUUGUGAUGGAAAGACAUUUACCUUCCUUACUAUCUCUAAAAGUUGAGCCACCAGAGCAACUACCUGAAAAUAAUGAAGGGGAAGUUGUGUUGCCCCAAGUUCUGGAAGAUGUGUUAGCUUUAAAAACUCAGAGGGCGCUGCAGCUUGGAACAGAGGAAUCUGAGGAAUCGAUUGCAAAAAAUGUGUCUGGAAAAAAUCAUUUGGAACGUCGACCCUUAUGGGAAAAAGAAGAAAAUGAUGUGGUGAUAGAUACUGAGGUGGAAGAAACUGCAGUUCCUAAAGAUACAGAAAAAAGUGACAAGGUCAGCAGAAAUAAAAAAAAGAAAAAACGAAAGAAGAAUAAGCGUAACAUUCAAAGAGAAAAAGAAAAAGAAAGUGAAUCAGCAAAGGAAAAUAAUACUGAAAAUGAAAUUGGCAAAGAAACUGAAAGUACUGAUAUUGAGUAUGUUCAAGAGACCAUAGGUCUACAUGAGUUAGCACCACAAUAUAGGCAGUUCUACAGCAUUCUUCAAUCCUUUAAGAUGUCAGAACAAAAAGCUGACAUUCCACCACCAGUAUUAGCAAUACCCACUUCUCUUUCAGGGGCCGCUAAGCCAAUGAUUGGUGAUGAUAUGAUGAAUGAGGACAAUGAAGAAAUGGACGAUAAAAAAAUUGAUGAUAAAUCCAAGAUGUCUAAAAGAAAGUUAAAAAAAUUAACCAGACUAAGUGUCGCAGAACUUAAGCAAUUGGUUCACCGUCCUGAUGUGGUAGAAAUGCAUGACGUUACAGCAAGAGAUCCCAAGCUACUUGUUCAAUUAAAGGCACAUAGGAACACAGUCCAGGUACCUCGCCAUUGGUGUUUUAAAAGAAAAUAUUUACAAGGCAAAAGGGGUAUAGAAAAGCCACCAUUUAACUUACCAGAUUUUAUUAAACGCACUGGAAUAAUGGAAAUGAGAGCAUCACUUCAAGAAAAAGACGAGUCAAAAACACUAAAGGCAAAAAUGAGGGAGAGAGCAAGACCAAAGCUUGGUAAAAUUGAUAUCGAUUACCAAAAAUUACAUGAUGCUUUUUUUAAGUGGCAAACAAAGCCGAAGAUGACCAUUCAUGGUGACCUUUAUUAUGAAGGAAAGGAAUUUGAGACUAGGCUUAAAGAGAAAAAACCGGGAGACCUCUCAGAAGAGCUUCGUACUGCUUUGGGAAUGCCAGUUGGUCCUAAUGCCAACAAAGUACCACCCCCGUGGCUAAUUGCAAUGCAGAGAUAUGGUCCUCCACCAAGUUAUCCCAAUUUAAAAAUUCCAGGUCUUAAUGCUCCAAUUCCUGAAAGUUGUUCAUUUGGCUAUCACGCUGGUGGUUGGGGUAAACCACCUGUAGAUGAAAAUGGAAAGCCUCUUUAUGGUGAUGUGUUUGGAACAAACGCCAGUCACAUUGAUGAUAUUGGCGAAGAUCCAUCUAUUGAUAGGACAUUAUGGGGCGAACUUGAGUCUGAAUCUGAGGAAGAAAGUGAAGAGGAGGAGGAAGAAGAAGAAGCAGAGCCAGGCAUACCCGAUGAAUCGGGUCUUGUGACCCCAGCUGAAGGUUUGGUUACCCCAAGUGGUAUGGCCAGUAUACCUGCUGGUAUGGAAACCCCUGAAGCAAUUGAGCUUAGAAAAAAGAAGAUUGAAAAUGACAUGGAAGGAGCUGAAACUCCAGUGCUUUAUCACAUUAUUCCUGAAAAACGUAACGAACGCAUUGGAAGCGCUAUGAUGGGAAGCACCCAUAUGUAUGACGUGUCAGCAGCUGGAGUACCAGUUCCUCCAGCACCAAAUAUCAGACGUGGAGGAGAUCGUGAAGGGAUGGUUGAACUAGCAUUAGACCCAUCUGAAUUAGACAUGGACAGUGAUGCUAUGGCUAUACGUUAUGAACAGCAAAUGAGGGAAAACCAGUCACAACUGCAGAAGGAAGACCUUAGUGACUUGUUAGCAGAACAUGUGGCAAAGCAAAAGAGCAAACGUAAAAGACAACAACAGGAUUCAAAAACUACAAAGAAAUAUAAGGAAUUCAAAUUUUAAAUACAAUACAAUAUAUAUACUUAGAGUUACAUAUUUGUAUUUUAUUUGCUUACAUCCAAAUACAGUAUUGUACUUAGCUGAAAAAUCAACAGAAAUAUUGGUAGUAUUCGUGUAUAGUUUGUAUUUCCCCGUGUUUUGACGACAUAUGAAAUAUAUUAAUAUGGAUAAUAAUCAUUACAUU